AUGUCAAAACCACUGCCUGUCGUAUAUCCUUUCGAUGACAAGCUUCUUAGAAAGACAUACCCCGACUAUUCACCCUGGGAAGAAGAAAAUGAUAUGAACAAGAAACUUGACAACCUGAACUACUUGAACAAGGGCUAUUUUGAGAGCUCGAAGGUAUCCAAUGAAUACUAUUCGGCUCGUACAUUGGUUCAGGAAACAGUGUUCUCCUCGUCACACAAUUGUAAUCAAAUUCUCCGUGAAUUAUCCCAGCACCUAACGAAGUCCUACAAAACACGCGAUGAUGCAAUCAACAAGAUCAAAUCGAAUUCAUAUAAUUUCAGGAUACCACUGCAACUCGCAAGGGCAGAAAUGGAAGAGGAGUCUGGAGUUCUUCAUAGAAUUUUGGGAGGGCGCUCAAUUGAUUUUGGUCAGCUUUCUAUGGCACUAACGAUCAUCCGAGUUUUUUGGAAUGAUCUCAUUGCGGAAAGCUUCCUUUGCAAGCAUUUGUGUGAGUCAUUGCUUUUGAACCAUUUCAUAGUGAGUAAAUUGCCAAUUGAAGGGAAGCAUCCAGAAAUCAAACUCGCGAAGUCUGGACACAUAAAAGAUGACUGUUUAUCAAUUCUAUCUGGAAUGAUAGAAGAAAUAUUUCAUAAGAGUUCGAGCAGCUUCAUCAUACCUUCGUCAUGGAUCGUCCUUGGAGAUACUCUCCAGAAUAUUAUUAAAGCGUCGGCGUCGUUUAACAACCAAAGCCAAAGACAAGCUCUAGAGAAAGUUCUAGCUUUAUUGAAUUUUAGGAAUGAGAGUUUAAUGGUUAACUGCCAGGAUUCAUCUUCCACCGGGCUCUCGGAUGAUCUGAAGUCUCAAAAGCUCAGUUUUCAACAUACAGCAAUCCACAGAUCAUAUGAUGAUAUUCUCAGGCUCAUAGAGCAGUUAGACCGCCACAAGUUUAGACAAGCUUUCAAUAUGUCAAUUUGGCGAUCGCCUGUGACGAGCAUUUCACCCUUACGCGUGAAACUAAAGACUGUGAUUUUUUGGUGCGUCUCGUCUUACAGAGAAAUGGGACCUUCUUGCGAAUUUCUUCUUAUCGCUUGCAAUGCUAUUAAGUCCAGGCUUUUACAUAUAAGAGGUAAGACCUGGGCACAUUUAAGGAAUGAAUUUGAAAAUGAAAUUCUCGAGUGCAUUUUCUGUUUGGCGGACGUUCCUGCUACCGAGAUAUCUAUGAAGAAUCUUUAUGUCCUUUUCAAUGAGCUCUACCAACUCAAGGUGAUUACAAUCUCUGCGUACUUGAGGAAGUUAAUUGCCAGCGGGAUUUUUUUUCUCUCUCCUGGGUCGCAAAAUGACAAGAUUGUGGAUGACUUGGGUUCUCAGUGCCACUUUCACCUUCUGUUGCUCCAGAACCUCCCCGUUCUCAAUAAUCGCCAAUGUGACCAUAUUUUAAAGAAAUGGAAAGGGACAGAGGCUCAUUUCAUCAAUACUUUCAACAACGCGAUAGAGUUUCUUCGAGAAGGGUUCUUAGAUAAGAUCAUGAGCAACGAAAUAGGUCAUGUCGAUGUCUCUGUAUUUGAUCACAUCAAAGAUCUCAGUGUUGGUCUUCAAUUCUUGGUGAUGAACUGGUUUACAUCUGAAUUAAAAUCGUCGAUAUCAAAAUCAUCCAAGUUGGUUCAUAUAACACCUGAUGUUAUUGCAGCAGUGUAUGAUCUUUUUCUUCUUGCAAGCAAUCUCACCGCGUUUUUCAAGGUAUUUGUUAGAUUUAUAUUGAAGAACGAGAACAAGGUCAUGAUAUUCUACAUGGAUUCUCUCUACUUCAUCGGAAGACUUGUCCUCAAGCAUUCAGAGCUACUCAACUUCAUUGCAGGAAGCUUUACGGACUCGACGCCCGUAUCACACGACAUCUUCAAACUCAUAGUCCAAGACUACAAGGAUUUGAUGUCAAGAGAGUGUGACAUGUUUCAUUUUAGGCCAAUAUGGGAGCACAUAUACCGUCAAGUUCGCCGCCCAUUGAAUGAUCAUCUCUCCCCAUACAAUGAAGCAAUGAAUGGCAAAGAUAUCUAUCAUAAUAUGGAUAGUUCCUUUGUGGAAUCCAAUACAAAGAGUCUGAAAGAUUUUCUCGAUGAUUCUCUCGAUAUAGAGCUAUUGCUAGAAGAGCUCGAGUUUUUAAAAUCGAGAGAGCAAAAGAUGCUUACCAAGGAAGAAGUCACAGAAAUAGUUGAUGAACUUCAAGAAGAGUUUCCUACCAUGAAGAACGUCCUCAACUAUUCAGCUACGUCGUCUCAAGCUAGAUUUUUGCUAGGCAUGGUUGAUGCCCAUAUGGAAGAAAAAAACGAGAUACAGCUUUUCAAGUUACUUUCCAAUCUACAGCGAGGUGCAAUUAAUUCAACGCCAAGUCCUUUGGGUCUAGCGUUUGCUGAAAUAUUUAGGGAGCAAUCUUCUUCUUCGGAAGGCCUAAGCCUCUUGGAACCUAUCUUGCGCUUUACAUUGGGAUUCGAUUUGUUAUCUUGUAAUUCCAUCAUAGAGCUCGUCGAAAAGGGAGAACUUAAGCAGAUUGAUCGGAAGGCUCUUACUCAUCAUAUAUUUUUUGGGGGUGUCUCGAGAAAGCCAUCUUCGGGUUAUUUGUCGAUAUUGUUUGAAAGUGUUCGUGAAAAGUACAAGAUGGACAACUACGGUUUAUUUGUUGAAACGCUUGUGAAAUCUAUUAUACCUUAUCAGGUGGGGAUUGACGAAAAUGAAGUUCUCAAAGCCAUCAUAGAUGAUCCGACCAAGGCCGGUCACUAUAUUGCGGAAAAUUUAUCAGGAUCCGAAAUCUUGGAUUUAACUAGUCGCUUGUUGGGCAUUGUUACACCUAUUUACAAACCAAGCGAUAUCGAUCGCUUGGCUCCUAUUAUUAAUGAAUUCAACUUACCAGUCGUCCAAAUGAUACUCUCGAUCAUUGUGACAGACGCGUCUGAUGUGGAUGGAAUCCUUGACACUUUGAUAAAAAGUCUGAAAUUCUUUCUAGAUUCUUCUAACUCAUAUUUUGGCGAGCUUUUCAACUUGUGUGAUUCGAAAGUGAAGCUAUCGGUGUUCAACCGUAUGGAGCUGUUGUUUUUAGAAUUGGCUUCAUCUCUUGACCUUUCAAAUCUACAAGAUGCUAACAAAUGCCACAUUGCCAUUUUUCAAGAUUUUUUCCGAAAGAUCAAUGACUCGUUUAUUGAUAAGAUUGAAACUUCUACUUCCCAGUUUAAUAACUUUUUGACUUUCUUGGUUGGCUUCAUUCCAGUUAUUCGUGAUGUCGAAGGUCCUGGAGUUGUGAUAGUCCUGGAAAUAAUUCUGACUUUCUUGAGAAUACUUAUUGUCAGGAAUACGUCUUUGAUUGAUACCAUGGUACAAACAGACUUGCAACAUUUUGAGUUCAUAUCACAACUUGUGAAGUUGCUCAAUUCGAAAUUUAUGGCUGAGAAUGACGAAAGGUUGAGUAUAUUACUUUAUGAUUUGCUUCAGCUUUUGAAGAACUCGUUGACUCAAAGGCUUACAUUUAAAGCAGAGGACGACGAAAGCGCGGCAAUUACGUCGCCUACUCCGCAAAACAAAAUGUCAGAUGAAGUGACAACUGCAGUUACGAACUUAUCCAACCAAGCGGCCGAUAAUGAGAGAUCUUACAGACCACAUAAAGAGAGUAUUGCAACCCUUCAAUCGUUGCUUGAUCUUCCCGAACCCAGUCCUCAUAUCAAUCGCUUCCGGGGACAAGAAGCGACAACAGAUUGUGUCAUCUCUUUGGAUACUAAGGAACUCAGGAGUGAUGGAGAUGUUAGAAUCCUCAACCAGGAGUCUUUAGUUUUAUCCUCCAACCAUGAGUCGGCUGCAUUCGAGAGUCCUUUCGGAGAAAUCCAACGUGACAGCAUCACUGCACCAUUUUCAAUUCCAAGUAUCCAGCUAGUAGAAGAAACGGGUUCUGGUGUCAAUGAUGGCUGUAUAAAUCUUGCUUUGUUUAGAGCUUACACCACGAGAGAAAACGAUCCUUGA